GUGCGGCGUCUCCGAGCUGGGGCGCCCGGGUGUCGGGUCCCCCCAAGUAAGAGAGCCGGGCCGUGUUCUGUCUCUGCUCGCGAAAGGGGGCCCAAUAUUAUGGCGCACGCGUCAGGCGGUGGCCGGUGUGUUGCUUCCAGCGUGGAAGAAAAUGGGCCCGAGCGCUCCUCUGCUGUCAGUCUCUCGUGCGAAAUAUUCGUAGUCCACAACAGAGUGAGCCGUCUUGUCAGACGGGUCAGAAGAAGAGCGAUAGAUGUGUUCCUGUCCGAGUUUCUGUGUAAGAUAGUUCCUGCUCCUCUGUUUCCCGUUUGUCGUUUCAAGGAAAUCAUAAAUCAAGAUGUCAGUGACGACCCGGGUGGACGAAAAAAACGAGAACGAAAAACUGCCCGAAGCAACUACCCCAUCGCAGAGAGCGACUGCUCGCGAAUGUACAGCUUCUAGUGUGGCCGUCGGUGGCAAGAAGAUGGCAGAGCUAGCUGCUGGUGCGCCAGGCACCACAGCCACGAGUACCACCUCCAAGCAGAAAAACAGGCGCUCUGGGACGACGAGUGCGAAUAACGCAUCCUCGUCGAAGCCGUUUUUGUCGACGGCGAAGAUUUGGGUGAUCCUUUGCGGUUUGAUUUGCCUCGGGACGGUCAAUUUCGUCUUGCUGAAGGUCGUCUACACCGAGUACGCCAACGUUGCGGUAGGGACGACGUCACAAAAUGGAGUUCCGGUUCCCGCCACAACCGUGGAUUUGAGCUUCUUCGCGAACCAGGGGAUAAAUUUUCUGUACAUCGUGUUCGGGGGCUGCAUUCUGUACCCACAAAUGAUCCUCCGACCAGAAAGCAUCCAGAUAAACACUGGUGCCACUACAGAUGUUGAUCUCAAGCCACUUCAGCUUCUACAGAACCUUGGUAGUACAGCCGCCGUGCCCAACAAGAAGAACACCAGCUACCGAUCCCUGCAGUGGAAGUUUCUAGUGAUGGGAUUUCUGGACGCGUGUGGCACUUUCCUCACCAGUCUGGGAGCGGGGGGCACGCCCGGAAGCUUGCAGCCUUUGCUAAACCAAACGCUGAUACCCUGCACCAUGCUGAUCUCGUACGUGGCGCUGGGGUCGUGGUAUAAUUUGAUUCGUUAUCGUUUUUUCAAAGUAAGCUCUUUGAAAACAAAGACUGUAGAUUCGCGUCGCGCAUAACGUCACUCCGGGUGGUGCUACAGAUGAUAAGCCAGCCGUCCAUAGUGCCAUGGUGCGUAACGGUUUGCAGGAUGGGAUAAGUACAUGGAAGAGAAAAAUUUCAAAACACCAGGUACACCCGCGGUGAGAUAGUCGGUGCUGGAAUGAUCGUCAUCGGUGCCGUCUUCUCCGUUUCUUUUGCGCACAGCACCACAACACCGGCAAGUGAAAGUGAUAGCAGAUACGGCAUCAACUUCAGAGGCGAAGAAGCAGAUUCCCCGGCUCCUCCUGCACUCCUCGAGCAAGGAUCUACUUCAGCGGGCAACAGCGGCGCAGUCACACCCGCCAUCUUGGCUUACGCGUUGUCCACCCUGCCGAUGGCGUGCAGCUCCGUUUAUAAGGAGCGCUCUUUUCGGCAGCAGAAGAUCAACGUGUGGUAUCUGACGCAGUGGGUCUCGAUUUACCAAUUCUUUCUGACUUUUCUGUUUCUCCCUCUCACAAACUACUACGCGAUGAUGAGCUCGCCCAGUACUUCUUCUACGUUAGUGGGCCACGACUCCGCCGGACUAGACAAAAAUGGACUUCUUUCCACUCCGAGUGCUGGUGGUGCCUCUAGUAGUACAACUCCAGAGGGGGUUGAUAAUCUCCCCUCCGCCAGCACCAGCACCGAGUGGGGGUCUCUGUCGCUCGGGUUGCAAUGCUUCGACGGGGAACUCGCUUUCUGUACUGAUGUUUCCUUGACUGUACUUGUUUAGAGAAUGGCAAUGUUAAUACUUUACGAACAUAUACUAUUCCCUAGAUCAACUAGUACCCGUAAACAUAUGUUGAUCCAAUUCUAUAUCUAACUCUGAAGCUUCUACUGAUAGGUCUUGUAUCUCCAAAAACUACUAACCCAAGGUGCCCAGCACUCCCUCGGACUUGCCCUCUGCCUCUACACGUUGGUCAACGUACUUUUCAACACGCUCGGACUGUACCUCACCAAGCACGGGUCCGCGGUGUUGAACAGCUUGGCCUACAGCAUUCUGCUCCCGAUCACGACGCUUUUCUAUUUCACCCCGUUCGCCCCCGCGAUCACGAAACAGAGUUUUGACUUCGCCACCUGCUUUGUGCUGAUUCCGAGUUUGGUUCUGGUUCUCUGCGGGUUUGCGGUGUUCCGGUUGUAUGGCGAGGCCGUCAAUGCGGAGAUGGCGGAGAAGAAUAGGCAACUGGAGGCAGCUUCCACUCUGGCCGCUGCGGCGGACCCGUACUAUGGAGGAUACAGCAUUUUUGGGGAUAAUUUGGGACCUACUCCGUUCAUCUCCGCCGAGCAGCUACAACUCGGCCCGCCGCCGUUCCACGUUUUGCAGGAUCAUCUCGCGGUUGACCAGAAUGGUAGAGUGGUGGUGGUUGCUAAUCUGAGUCUUUAUCUUCCUAUUUAGCUGCUGAAUAACAUUACGCUGCAUGGUAUGCUGAGUUUUCUUUUUUGCAGCUGAUCAUACCGUCGUGGGUAAUGUUUUGCACGAGGUACUAGUACUAGCAAGAAAACUUUCUGAGUAUGUUCAUGAAAGGCGCUGGGUAUAGUGUAUCGGACCACGAAUAAACUGAUGAACUAAACUGAAAUUGUUCAGGAGCCCAACCGUUACUCGAGCAGCAGCAGCUGCCCGGAGCCGCCGCGAUGGUUCAUCCCCAAGUAGUGCCACCGCACCCUCACCUGCUUCACCAAGACGCAGUGCAGCUCGCCCCGCCCGACCUGCUGGACAUCCUACGCCAGACCGGCCCGCCCCACUGGACCUACAAAUCCAAAGACUCUGCAGGCAACUUUUCCGCGGGUGGCGGCCAGGGCGGCAGCCCUUCGGAGGUCCUCACGGACCAAAACCACACGCCGCGCGGGGAGCCAUUUGAGGAGCACGUCGUGCUGCGAGGGGGGCCUGGACCUGGUGCAGCAGGAGCAGCUCCGUUUUUACAACAACAUCCACCUCCAGGCGCGACGCUUCUACCAAGUGCAAAAGUGUCUGGGUCUGGAAGAUUCUGAGACUUGUCCUGCACGUUUUGCAUGAGCCAUGAGGUCUGGAAUGCGAGACCUAGCAUGACAGAUUAUUUGAGGCCUCUAUCAUGCCUUUCCUGCAUGAGAAGCUCCCUCUCAAUUUGGUCAAAAGCGGACAGCUUUUGGCACUCACGCAACACAGAUUUUUGCAUCAUUCGGAUUUCGCAUGACAAGGUCUAAUGUUCCGGACCCAGACACUUUUGCAUUUGAUAGCUUCAAGAAAUGGACGAAAACCACACGGCCGGGGGCGACGCGCAGCAUUUGCACCCGCAGCCCGUUGUCUCCCAAGCAGGGAGAACACGGUAUUUCAACAUCGCCGGCGGCGGCAUUGGCGGCACGACUAGAGCCGGUCAACUACUACAUCCUGCAGUUGUUGACGUGCGCGGACAGAUGAUACAUCCGGAGGGACGAGAAAACGACCUGCAGCAGGCGUUAUUGCAAGAAUUCCAUCCGGGUGGACCACGACCACGAGAGGUAGCAGGAGCAUUUCAGCCACCACAACAGCGCCGUCGAGAUGAUCGGGAGGUCGCCCACCAACGACCAGAAGACCUCGAUCAGGUGGUGAUCCAGCGUCCGCGAGGUGGUCAACAAGUGGUGAAUCAAGACCAGCGCAUGCAAGAACAGGAAGUACUAGUAGACCAUGAGACUACUUUGGUUCGUCAACAUCGCCGGCGAGGUCCGGGCCAGCUCAAUCUCGCGCGGGAAGAGUUUCUGCAAGCGCAGCGGGACGGUGCGGUAAUCCUUCCUGGUGUUGAACAACAGCAGGCCAUGCAACAAGGACCACCGGCGGCAAACGCGAAUCUAUUUCCGGGUGGACAAGCUGCUUUGCCUCCGCGCUACGAGAUCGUUGGCGAGUUUUUACCAGUAGAAGGACCACCUGCGGAAGUGGAGGAACGUGCGGUUCCGGAGCAGCAGGAGAACGUGGUGGUCAACAACUACCGUGUAGGUCAAGUUCAACCAGCGCCGGCGCCGCAACAAGGCACCGGCACCGGCUCAUCGUCCUCCUCCGCCUCCUCGACCACGCAGCAAGCAGGAGCCACCACUUCCGUUCGUGCACGCAGCAUUCGAGGCCCGGCCUCCCGGUUCGACACCCGGACGGGGUGGAAUCCCGCGCAGGAGCUGCUCCUCCCCACGCUGAACGAGGGCGAAGUCUUAGACGAGGACAAUGUGAGCCAGAACCCGGCCCAAAGCGACGCGUUGUUGAUAUGGCGUUCUCAAACGUUACAUUCUCAACUGUUACAUGAAUUUGUAAUGCAAGACUAGCACAGGUGAGAGGGAGAACCUUGCGCGUCUUGCAUUACAGGUUUGAUCCGGAUUGCAGUGCUAUUUAGACUUCCGAGAAUCUGUCAUGCGAAGCAGCUUGAUCGUCUGGCGGGUGGUCAUGGUCAUUUUGCAUGACAAAUCAUGUAACAGUUGAGAAUGUAACGUUUGAGAACCCCAUAGCUGAAUACCUCGUCGAGCAGCACGCUGUUCGACAUUCUGUCCGCGAAAACCUCGAAAAACACCGCUCCCGGGGGCGGGCUCUACCCUCCUCCUGGAAGCAGUAGUUAUAAUUUCCCCGGAGGAGCAGGAGGAGAUUCGUUUGUCAACAGUCCCCCCGAACAGGGGAAUGUUUCCUUUGCGUUCUCAAACUCCACGGGGCGAGAACAGGACUCGGGGACGACUGUGUCUUCACCGGAGGACUUUGCUGCCCACUACGGGCACGACCAGCGUGGAAGUCGAAGCAGCUUCACUGAAGACCAGCCCCCAUCCCUGGCGGAUUUCAUUUCUGUCCUGGAAGACUACACGAAGCAAGAACUCCGGCGACUUUGCAACUUUCUGUACGACUGCUGUGCGGGUGCGGUUGCGGGACUUUGUGAGAAGCAGGCGGAUGAUAAUUAUGAUGACCAAACUGCUGCAGGAACGUUGUCUACUUGUUCUCCGACGCGAAGGCGCUUGUCUUCGGGAAUACUAGGACGCAGCCUUCUUGCGACAUCGUCCUCGUCCACUGCAGCCGCGAGUAAUCAAUUUGCGGAUCAUUACGAUCGCGAUCUUUCGCACACCGGGGAGCCGGUGUACACGCUUACGGACGUCAUUUUGUGCGCGCAAAAACUCCUGCUCCAGCAAGCAAGCAGCGGUAAGGUAGUGCCAAGGAGGCCACGGAAUAAAAGGAAAACUGCAGGUGAAAAUCAACGUGCUGCAGAAGAUGAUGAUGCCGAUGCCCCGUUCUAUGGGACGAGCAGCAAUAGACCUAAUCCUUUCAGUCUGGCCGAACAUCAAUCUUCAGCAGAUCUAGCACAACAGUCGCAACCCAGUUUCCAGGAGCGCCUUCUUGGUGGCGUUGUGCCGCUGUUUCGCCUUCCAAGAAGCAGCGAUGGUGCUCCUACCCAGGACGACCUGUCGCUUCUUCUCGCCGAGCCCAGCCCACCAGGCGCGACCUUUGCCCAAACCGUGCAGUUGCCGCUGCUCGCCGGGUUGCAGCAGGGGAGGUUGUAGAAAAUAUGUAAACAACAAUGUCGACAGCUGCACUGGUGACAAGCCGAGGAGGUCAAACAUACAUAGGACACCGCCUUUAUGUAAGAUUUUUUUUGCCCGCAAUGUCUAUAUGCUGUCAGUUUCGUAUUCGUAAAAAAAGGCUGGCGCAGCGCCGUUGUGGUAUCGCGCUCGCUGGGAGUUGUACUAAACUACGCUGUUGCACUGGAAAGAACAGGAGAACAAAUGGAAAUCUAAACAAGGACCGCCUUAAAAUUAAAGAAGGACCUGGUG